CCAGCCCGAAGUCUGGUGCCCCCUUCACUCUCUCUCUCUUUAACUUUCUAUAUUAAAUCUUAUCUCUGUGAAGCAACCGUCCGAGAAACAAUGGCGGAACAAGGCCAGAAGCCCCACGCCCUUAUCAUCGCCUAUCCCCUCCAAGGCCACAUCAUCCCCGUCGUCCACCUCGCCAUCAAGCUGGCUUCCAAAGGUUUCACCAUCACCUUUGCGAACACAGAAGCCGUCCACCACCAGACCACCCAAGCCCACAACUCCGACGACAUCUUCGCCGGUGCCCGUGCAUCCGGCCUCGACAUCCGCUACGAGCUUGUCAGCGACGGCCUUCCCGUCUCCUUCGACCGAUCCCUCAACCAUGACCAAUUCAUGGCCGCCCUCCUCCACGUCCUCUCGGCCCAUGUCGAGGAGCUCAUGCAAAAGCUAUUGCAUGCCAGCCCCCCGAUCACCUGCCUCAUCACCGACACCUUCUUCGUCUGGCCCUCCACCAUAGCCAAGAAGUUUGGCAUACCCUAUGUCUCCUACUGGACCGAGGCUGCCAUCAUCUUCGCCCUCUACUACCACAUGAACCUCCUUACAAAACAUGGCCACUUCGCUUCUCUUGAGAAUCGCAAGGAUGCCAUAACGUACAUACCGGGAGUGCCAAUGAUCGAGCCAACCGAACUCAUGUCAUACCUCCAAGAGACUGAUACGUCUUCCGUGGUGCACCAAAUAAUCUUCAAAUCGUUCGAAGAAGCCAAGGGGGCGGACUUCGUACUAUGCAACACGGUGCAAGAGCUCGAGCCAGAGACCAUCUCGGCACUGCAGAACGAGAAGCCAUUCUAUGCCAUCGGUCCGAUCUUUCCGGCGGGCUUCACCAAGAGCACCGUCGCAACGAGCUUGUGGACCGAGUCGGAUUGCUCUCAAUGGCUUCACUCCAAGCCGGCAGGCUCCGUCCUGUACAUUUCCUUUGGAAGCUACGCUCAUGUGAGCAAGAGAGACUUGGAGGAGAUAGCAUAUGGGAUUUUAGGCAGCAAGGCGAACUUUAUAUGGGUUCUUCGACCGGACAUCGUAAGCUCCGACGAUCCCGAGCCAUUGCCGAGAGGAUUCUUAAAGGAGAGUCAUGGGAGAGGGAUCGUCGUUCAGUGGUGCUGCCAAAUAGAAGUGCUGUCGCACCCUUCGAUCGGAGGCUUCUUGACGCAUUGUGGGUGGAAUUCGAUAUUGGAGAGCAUAUGGUGCGCCGUCCCGUUGCUGUGUUUUCCGCUGCUGACCGAUCAGUUCACAAACAGGAAGUUGGUGGUCCAAGAUUGGAGGAUCGGUGUCGGAAUUGGAGAGCUUAAUGCUGUGAGGAGGAAGGAAGUCUCGAAGAAAAUCGACAGUUUGAUGGGAGGAGAAAUUGGAGACCAAGCCAGGAAGGAGAUCAAGAAGGUGAGGAAGGCCCUCGAGAGUGCACUCGCUCCUGACGGCUCGUCGCAGAAAAACUUUGAUCAAUUUAUUAAGGAUCUAAUGAAGCAUGGUUCGGAAAUAAAAGCCAAUGGAAAAUGAUGUGUAUCUUAUUUGUAGCUCAAUUUCUUCCUCCAUCUAACUAUGAACAUGCAGCAUCUAAGGAAGAAAGACAAUGAGUUAAUUAUUGUGAAUUAUGUUCUACAAUAAAAUAAGAAGAGUUCUCAUGGCGUGGUUAGGUGAAACA